GGCGGCGGGCACUUCCGGCGCGGGACGGUGCUGGCGGCGGGCGCCAUGGGGAGCCGGGGGCAGGUUUUGAAGCUUUUUAAGUUGUUACACAGAACACGGCAAGAAGUUUUUAAAAAUGAUACCAAAGCCCUUGAAGCUGCAAGACAAAAGAUAAAUGAAGAAUUCAGAAAUAACCGAGAUGAGACAUCUGAAGAGAAGAUUAAUGAGCUUCUUAAAAUUGCUUCAGAUGUUGAAGUGAUUCUCAGAACUUCUGUUAUUCAGGCGGUUCACACAGAUUCUGACAAAAUCGUACUCAUACCCAGGAAAGAUCUGCUACAGGACAACACUCCCUACUUAGAUAUACCAACAAAAAAGCAAGAAUCCUGAGGAAGUACUUGUUGCGGUGUGUUGCAAUGUCCUGUUUUAAACUUCCGGGUCCCUUCCCAGGUGUGCCUAUGCCUCUCUCCCUGCCCCCUCGCCCCCUUGCUGAGUGAGCCCUGUCAAUCAGGUUUAACAUACCAGCAAGGCGUCAUGUGGUUGGUCGAUUUCAAAGGAUGCUCCUCAGGCCUGGGGGACAUUGGCCUGUAUAGGUGUCCCUAGUCCCUUGAGACCCUGCCCCUUUCACCUGGUUGGUAGCUCACCUGUCCCCUCCCCUUCCCCUGUCCCUGAGCUUAUAAGGUUAAUCAGACCAUGCGGCCUCUAUUCUGUUGGAGGAGUUGCUCCGGUUCAGACCUCUGUAACCAUGGAAUAAACAUCUGGCAACCCUCCAGCAGAAUCCUCUCCUUCUCUUCACCAUCGCCAGAAGCUCUCUCUCCUGAGGUAAACGGAGUUCCUGACAAGCCUGGACUUGCACCAGUGCCCCGCUGCAAUCUCCAGCAGCCAAGGUAUCUCUGGGGUAAAGCACUACAGAAGCCACCUUUGGCUCAGCAGCGAGGGUCACACUGACCCAGGCACAAUCUAACUGGUUAUAUUGGGAUUCCUAUUCCAAUAUACUCUUACCAGGAAAAAAGAGACUGAAAUCAACUCAGUGAUUUUAUUGAGUUCUGGGAUAUCAUCAUGCACUUGUUCUGUGGAAGAUAGUAAUACUUUCACAGAACUUAAAAGUACGCUCAUGAAUUGUGUUACUUCAGCCAGGAAUGUUUCUGAUUACAGCAGCUCUCAGACAGAGAUUGUUUCCCAGCAAUCCAGAGUUUUUCAAAGCUAUAUAAAAAUUAAAUUGAGUGCUGAAUACUAAUAAUACUUAUUUUUGAGUUUAUUGUCAAUCAUAAGUUUCUUUGAAGUAAUGAAAAAUCAUCUUGUGGUAUUUAAUGUUAAAUUUAUGCUUUGUACGUAAGGCAUGAUUUCUGAAGUUGUCAUUAAUUGUACACUAGUAUACUGUGAUGCUUGAGAGCAUUCGUAAAGGUUUAUCUGAAUAAAUUAUUUGUGUUUUACAGACAGGA